UGGAGCCGCUUUAUCGGGAGCCCUAGUGGAAAUUUCCCCCUCAGUUGCCGGCACCGCCGCGGAGGAGACGCCAGCGAGAUCUGCCCGUCCUUGUCGCGCCGCGUCCCGCCCCGCCGUCAUGUCCAACUACAUCCACGUCCCGCCCGGCUCGCCGGAGGUGCCCAAGCUGGACAUCACCGUCAGCGAGCAGGAGGGGCCCGGGUACCGCCAGGGCGCCCUGCAGCUCCUGCGCCGGCUGCGCCCGCACUGGAGACCCGAGGAGGUGACGCUGCAGCUGUUCACUGAUGGAAUCACCAAUAAAUUAAUUGGCUGCUACGUUGGUGACAUAACAGAUGAUGUCGUUCUAGUUCGGAUCUAUGGAAAUAAGACCGAGCUCUUGGUGGAUCGAGAUGAGGAAGUGAAGAGUUUCCGCGUGUUGCAGGCCCAUGGCUGUGCACCCCAACUGUACUGUACUUUCAAUAAUGGCCUGUGCUACGAGUUCAUGCAGGGAGAAGCACUGGACCCAGAGCAUGUGUGCAAUCCAGAUAUUUUCAGACUCAUUGCUAGACAGCUUGCUAAAAUCCAUACUAUUCAUGCACACAAUGGGUGGAUCCCUAAAUCUAAUCUAUGGCUGAAGAUGGGGAAGUACUUCUCUCUCAUACCCACAGAAUUUGCAGAUGAGGAAGUAAAUAAAAGGUUUUUAAGUGACAUUCCAAGUCCUCAAGUUCUUCAGGAAGAGAUGGCCUGGAUGAAGGAAAGACUGUCAAAUUUAGGAUCACCAGUGGUACUCUGUCACAAUGACCUGUUGUGUAAGAAUAUUAUUUACAACAAGAAACGAGGUGAUGUGCAGUUCAUAGACUAUGAGUACUCUGGAUACAACUACCUGGCUUAUGACAUUGGAAAUCACUUCAAUGAAUUUGCAGGAGUAAAUGAAGUAGACUACAGCCUUUAUCCUAACAGAAAAUUACAGGAACAGUGGCUGAGAUCUUACCUUGAGGCCUACAAAGAAUAUAAAGGAUUUGGCACAGAAGUCAGUGAAAAAGAAGUUGAAGUUCUGUAUGUCCAAGUCAAUCAGUUUGCACUGGCUUCCCACUUCUUUUGGGGAUUGUGGGCUCUAAUUCAAGCCAAAUAUUCCACCAUUGACUUCGAUUUUCUAGGGUAUGCAAUCGUUCGGUUUAACCAGUAUUUCAAAAUGAAACUGGAGGUCAUGACGUUAACUCUUCCUGAGUAACGAAGAGGAGGACACUUACCAAGUGGAUGGACAACCCCUGGAUCUUUUCUGAGAACAGAUACUGGAAAAAAGCUAAACAUUUGUUGAAGUGCUGUAAUGCUCACUUGGUGGUUCUUGCUUUAUAAAUAAUGCCUCUAAACAGUCCUUCAAUGUUAAAUUUAAUAUGAAGAGCAUACGUACUGCUGUUGAUAUAAAACGGAUUAGAAACUUGCUAAAUCUAUAAAAAGUUGUAGAAAUGGCAAUUUAAUCCUUCUUUGUAAUUUAACAUAUGUUGUAUGUGAAUUAUUUAUUAUAAGUUUAACAUGAUUCCAUUGCUGCUUUCAUCAGUUUUUGUUCAAGUUGGGUGCAGACAGUGAAGUUGUUCCAAAGGAUUCAUUUAACAACUUGUUUUAUUGAAGAUGCAUUAACUUAUGCUAAAGAAGACUUGUCAGAGAAUAUUACCCUUUUAAGAUGUGUACGAGCAAAACAAGUGACAAUAGACUUGUGAGAACUCCAGUGUAACUAGGGAGAAUGGUUAGGACUGUCUUUUUAUUUUUCCCUUUUUUUUUUUAAAGAAAAUGGUAGCUUUCCAUAUGAUGGUAAUUUUUUUUUUUUUUUUUUUUUGCACAAGAAUCAACCAGCUUGCUGAAAUGAUAAUUAAAGUUUUGAUUUUUUUUUUCUUCUUGAUGUGUUAAGCUGUAGAAAUGUGAAAGUUCUGUGGCUGUAAGGUUCUCUGAGGGCAUGUACCAUCUGUAACUUCUGUGUGAAAGCUGCUUUUUUAUUAAGUGUACUCUUGAAAGCAAAAGACCACUAUUCCAAAUCUAUAUUCCUUUUUGAAACUUGAUUCUAAAUUUGAACACUAUUCUGGUGUCUGUAUUUGAUGUGCUUCAGUAGGAUCUAGUGGAACAGAUGUUGAACUGGAGACAAGUGAGCAGAGAUCCUGUUGCACUGGGGAGCAAGACACAGGUUUACAGUUCAUAUGUUGUUGACAUCUUUCUGCUUUGUCAUCUUCUAACCUUGGAUUCUAAGUCUUAAAUGCCUGGUCCUGUAGCUGUGCUGAUUUUGGUGUGUCUGGUGAUUCUUUUUUUCUGUUAGCAAAUUGCUUUUCGAAGUCUCCAGUUUGAAGGACAGUAUGGAAAAGUGUAUGACUUGAGCAACUGGGCUUUGAUCAUCACACACACUUUCUUAUUUCUUAAAGCUAUUAUACCAAGAAUGGUCUGGAUUACAAAAUGUGAAUUGAAAAGACAAUGUUUACUUAAUGGGACAAUGUAUAAGUUUGUGUGGAAAAGAGGCUUUAACUCUGAAAGGGGGGGUGGGGUGGGGGGGGGACAUGAGAGGGGAAAAGACCCACAACAGGAAAAUCAAACUCACCAGUGCAGUGUGGAGCUGGGCAGGCACAGUCUGAUGAUACUCUGAAAAACUUUGCACUUUGGUCACAUAAGUGCCCACAUGUACAAAGUCUGUGCGUGUGCAAGUACACGUGCAAACACAAACUUACCUGAAGAGUAAAUAUUACGGGGAGUCUGUUGUACAGACUCCAGCAAAGAUAUUUAUUCAAAGUUGCUUUAUGGCACACUGCUGUGUGUGUAUGUGUGUAUCAUGUGUACACACGUAUAUACAUAUGUGCUUUACAAAAGCUUGGAUUGAUCCAGGACAAAGAAAAUUCAUGUGAAUGAAAAAUUUUCACCUUUAAAGACCAUUUCGAAUGGCAUUCUGUUCUUUUACAAAAGCACGGUUUAGGAUUUUUUUUUCCUCCUAUUUAUAUUCAUCUCUGAAUGUUUCAGUUUGUUUUUUUUUUAAAUUUUCUUCAGUCAAAACCUUAAAAAUUCUUACACAAAUGGGAGAACUGGGAUUUUUUUUUUUUUGUAACUUGAACUGAGGUAACCAUUUUCAUUAGCUGGAGGCUACUAUACUGGACAAACUUUCUUUGUAGUUGAAACAAAUAACUAAAAUAGACAUUUAUAAUUUACCUUGUAGCAGUUAUCAAGGAUGUUGCUAGAGCUCAUGAAGGCACUGAAGACCUUGAUCUUCUGUACUUUCUCCCUGUGGACAUUAUUGACAUACGGUGAAUAAUACCCUGCUGUCUUGUAUUUCCUUUAUGUUCAGCAAGGUGUGCUUGGAAGUAAGACUGAUAAAGAUUUCUGAACUCUUAUUACUAUUUUCUUCCAAGCAGUGGCUUUAUUUCUGACAGUGUUGCUUUGUAUUUAUGACAUAUUUGAAAGAAGGCAGCGAAGUUCACUUGGUCUUGGGAAAUCCAACACUUGACAGAUCCCAAGUUUCCCAAUGGCUUGCAAGACACAUUCCCUUUUCAGGUACCAGUACUACUUGGAUUUGGAGUUAGUGUAGUUUUUGUUGGUAAUAUUUUUGUUUGUAUAGCUCAAGUAGCAAUAACUGUAGAAGUGGAAGUUUGCUUCUGCAGAACCAAAGCUUUUCCUGAGUGCAGCUCAGUCUCAUCCUUGUGAAGUUCCACUGAAUCCCAUAAAAGCACUUUGAAACAGGUAGUAAAUACUCCCAAGCUUUUCCUGAGCCACUUAGAAGAAGCACAAGGACUGUCACAGGUUACAGUGGUUGACUUUGCAGUCGUGGUAGAAGAUUUAAUUUUGCACGUUGAAAUUAAUUUUACACACUUAAACGCUGCUUUGCAUCAGCUCUCCUUCAAGACAAGUGCAGAUUAAACCAAUUUGUGAUCAGUUCUGAGGAAAUACUGUAAAACAUCUCCCAAAAGGAAAUGCCAGUUACCUUGAGCCUUGUUCCACAUCCGUUUGAGCCAGUAGCACUUGGAUAUUCUCGCUUGCUGAGGAAUAUCUACUGGUGCAUUAAGUUUGAAGCAGUAGUUUGCAAUGGCAUUGCAGAUAAGGUAGCUUGAAACUGUGAAUACAGGACAUUCUGAAUGUAAGUUAGGUACUAGAGAACAUGUACUUGUUUCAAUUAAUUUAUCUCAGUCUCUGUAAUAGCAACAUAAGGAUAUUUGAAGGAGGACAACAAAAUGACUGAGCUCUAGAAACAUCCUGUAGUAGUUUUGACUGUGACUUGCCAAGAAGAUACUCUGUUGCCUUUAUGUUAAGCUAAGGGCAUGAAUGCCAAAAUUAAUAAUUCUUGCUGUAGUUAAGCCUAUACUGUAAAUAUAAAGAGGAUUAUUAGUAACGGCAUUCUUGCAGAAAUAGCAUCAAGUCAAUAGACCGUAGUGGCCUGGUUGCUUUUGUAAAGCAGAAUAGUGUGAAUUUUUUUCUUCUCAUUUCUGCAGUCAGAUCUGGCUAAUCCAGGCCUGAUUUCAUAGGUCACCCAAACACUAAAGAUUUCUGAACAGUACCUAGUCUCCUAUCACAUAAUUUUAAAUACCUUCAUUUACACUUGUUUUGCAUUUUAAAAGGACAUACCAAAUUUGCAUUAACCAGGUCUGACUGUACGUGUAUAUACAACAGUGUAAAUAACCAUUUGUAAAUUAGUGUGAAUUGUACUGUAUCUUGCAUUUAUGGACUUGUGUAUUGCAUUGUAUUCUCUCCUAUUUUGUAGAAAUUUUGAUGUAAAGAAGAAAUCUUAAUUCUG